AUGGGAAGAGACCACGUAGGGGUCCUUCCUCAGGCUCAGGGGCUAGAGGAGUGCUGGGGAAGGGUCUCUAGGGCGAGUUCACGGCUUAGAGGCCAGCCCUCUCAUUUCCCGCUUUGUCUUCUAGGUGCGGUGGAGAUCGUGGUCCCUGAUGACCCUGUGGUGGCCCUGGUGGGCUUGGAUGCCACCUUGCCUUGUUCCUUCCUUCCUGGCCCCAACUUCACCCUGGCCCAGCUCAGUCUCAUCUGGCAGCUGACAGACACCAAGCGCUUGGUACAUAGCUUCACUCAGGGUCAGGACCAGCUGGCCGACCAGGGCAGUGCCUAUACCAACCGGACCACCCUCUUCUAUGACCAGCUGGCUCAUGGCAACGUCUCCCUCUUGCUCCGCCGGGUGAACAUCGCCGAUGAGGGAAGCUUCACCUGCUUUGUCCAAAUCCAGCAGUAUGGCAGUGCGGCCGUCAGCCUGCAGGUGGCUGCUUCCUACUCUAAGCCCAGCAUGACCCUGGAGCCCAACAAAGACCUGAAGCCAGGGGACGUGGUGACCAUCACCUGUUCCAGUUAUGGCGGCUACCCAGAGGCCGAAGUGAUCUGGAAGGACGGUCUGGGGGGAGUCCUGACCGGCAACGUGACGACCUCCCACCUGGCUAAUGCGGAGGGGCUUUUCGAUGUGCUCAGUGUGCUGAGGGCCACGCUGGGGGCCAAUGGCACUUAUAACUGCCUGGUGAGGAACACGGUAUUGCAAGAAGAGGCCUCUGGCUUUGUCAUCAUCACAGGCCAAGUGAUGACAUUCCCACCAGAGGCUCUUUGGGUGACUGUGGGGCUUUCGGUCUGUCUCCUGGGGCUGCUGGUGGCCCUUGCCUAUGUGUGCCGGAAGAAAAUCAAACAGAGCUGUGAGGAGGAGAAAGCUGGGGCCGAGGACCAGGAUGGGGAUGGAGAAGGAUCCAAGACAGGUAGGUCUAUCUAGGCACUGUCCUUCCUGAGAUUCAGAGGGGAGGGACAAUGGGUGACACAGGAAUUGAAGAGAAGGAAACUUUCCAGUGUUGGCUCAAAGUAGAAACCCCAAUGUUCAGGAGGAAGUCUGAUUGACCCCCAUUUCUGCCCCCCUGUCAGAUGUAGCUCCUAGUCUGAUAAGCAGUAACUGUCUACUGGGCUAUUAGGUAUAUCUAUGCUUUGGGAUGGCAAAUUUGUCCUGAGUUGUCGUUGGCCCAAGUCCAACUAUAUUUGAACAGGAAUGAAGCCAUGGAGAGUAGCUUAGUAGAAAGAGGGACAGCUAGGUGGCUCUGUGGAUAGUGCCAGGCCUGGAGAUGGAAGGUUCUGGGUUCAACUAUGGCCUU